AUGGGAAAGACUUUGGUUCUAGCAUUCUACAUAACCAUAUGCUGCAUUGCUUUUGUGAUAUCAAAGAUUGUUAUUUCAGUCCUCAUCUACAGGCGAUGGAAGAGAAAGCAGUUGGUUUUUGAAGAUGGCGUCUCUGGUGGGAAAAUGGUUUUGUUUAGGGCUUCUGCAAUGCAAUCUCUCAAAUCAGAUACAUUCUUAAAGAAGACACUCAAGUUGAGCAACAAGGACAUCAUUGGCUCUGGAGGCUAUGGGACAGUUUACAAACUGACAGUAAAUGAGUCCAUAACCUUUGCUGUGAAAAGAUUGAACAGAGGAAGUGCAGAUAGAGAUCGAGGCUUCGAGAGAGAGUUAGAAGCGAUGGGGGACAUAAAGCACCGCAACAUUGUGACCCUUUAUGGAUAUUACACUGCUCCAAACUACAAUCUUCUUAUAUAUGAAUUGAUGCCUAAUGGAAGUUUGGAUACAGUUCUACAAGGAAGAUCAAUGGAGAAGAAGCUUUUGGAUUGGCCUUCCAGAUACAAAAUAGCACUAGGUACUGCAAGAGGAAUAUCAUACCUUCAUCAUGAUUGCAUCCCUCACAUAAUCCAUAGAGAUAUUAAAUCAAGCAACAUAUUGUUGGAUCAAAACAUGGAGGCUAGAGUUUCUGACUUUGGACUGGCCACUUUGAUGGAACCAGAUAAGACUCAUGUGUCAACACUUGUAGCUGGAACUUUUGGAUACUUAGCUCCUGAAUAUUUCGAUACAGGAAGAGCAACAGCAAAAGGGGAUGUUUACAGUUUUGGAGUGGUUUUAUUAGAACUUCUAACUGGAAAGAAACCUUCAGAUGAAGCAUUUAUUGAGGAGGGUACAAAGCUUGUGACAUGGGUGAAGGCAGUUGUUCAGGACAAAAAGGAGGAGUAUGUGAUUGACAGUAACUUAGGGUGUUGUCCAACCGAUGAGAUUAACAAUGCCUUUAGUAUUGCUUUAAUGUGCCUUGAACCAGAGCCUUCCAAGAGGCCUACCAUGGUUGAGGUUGUCAAGAUGCUUGAGGAGAUCAAAAAUAACAAAGUUGUAAAAGAGACUUAA